UAAUACUACCCGUUUGUAAAUGGGCAAACCCGGUUCCGUGCUCCACUCAACCAACGGUUCUUUUGUUCCUCAUCUUUUCACCUAUACAUACACAUACACACACAUUAUAUAACAUGCCAUAGUUGGUUGGAUUUCGGUUUUCUGAUAAGCUCAAGAAUUUAGUAAAGAAGUGAUUGAUUCAGACAUUUUGUAGAACACCACGUGUGCACUCCGACAUUUUUACAGAGCACAACACAAUUCUUGGAGUUUGUGAUCGAGGCUCAAAAGGGGGUUUCACUUUUUCAAAAGGUGGGGCGAUUUGUACGAGAAGAAAAGGCUGGUUUCGCUUCCUGCCCCCGUGAUCUUUACGUCUGUAAAUUCCGAACACAAGGUAUCGGACAAGCAAUGCUUGGAAACGGAGUUGUUGGAAUCCUCUCAGAAUCCACUAACAAGUGGGAGAGGCGGGCCCCACUCACCCCCGCACACUGCGCGAGGCUACUCCACGGUGGCAGUGGCAAAACCGGAGUUUCUCGCAUCAUUGUACAGCCAUCGACAAAGCGCAUUCACCAUGACCAACUGUACGAGGAUGUUGGCUGUGAGAUAUCACAAGACUUAUCCGAAUGUGGCCUCAUUGUCGGUAUCAAACAACCGCAGUUGGAGAUGAUACUUCCUGAUAGGGCGUACGCGUUUUUCUCGCACACUCACAAGGCGCAAAAAGAAAAUAUGCCCCUUCUUGAUAAGAUUUUAUCCGAAAGAGCUACUUUGUUCGAUUACGAGCUUAUAAGUGGAGAUCACGGUAAAAGAUUAUUAGCGUUCGGAAAAUUCGCUGGAAGAGCUGGAAUGAUUGAUUUCUUGUCUGGUUUAGGACAGAGGUAUCUUAAUCUUGGAUAUUCGACACCGUUUCUCUCUCUGGGUGCAUCGUAUAUGUAUUCUUCGUUGGCUAUGGCGAAAGCUGCAAUCAUUUCAGUGGGAGAAGAAAUCGCUACAAUGGGACUUCCAUCAAGCAUAUGUCCAUUAGUUUUCGUUUUUACCGGUACAGGAAAUGUUUCUCAAGGAGCACGGGAAAUAUUCAAGCUUCUUCCGCACACUUUCGUGGAAUUGAGUAAACUUCCAGAUUUAUUGGAGAUGGCCAAAGAUCAUAACCAAGUAGGAAGAACUUCAAAACGAGUAUUUCAAGUAUACGGUUGUGUUGUAACCAGUAAACACAUGGUCGAACAUAAAGACCCUUCCAAAUUCUUCGAUAAGGCUGAUUAUUACGCACAUCCAGAAAACUACAAGCCCGUAUUUCACGAAAAGAUAGCCCCGUUGACAUCUGUUAUAGUGAAUUGUAUGUAUUGGGAAAAAAGAUUUCCGAGGUUAUUGACUACAAUGCAGCUGCAAGAGCUGAUGAAAAAAGGAUGCCCACUUGUCGGAAUUUCCGAUAUAACUUGUGAUGUAGGUGGCUCAAUUGAAUUCGUAAAUCAAACCACUACUAUCGACUCACCUUUCAUUAGAUACGAUUCUCACGACAACUCGUACCAUAAUGACAUGGAGGGUGACGGCGUUAUCUGUUCAGCUGUCGACAUUCUUCCAACCGAGUUCGCAAGAGAGGCUUCUCAACAUUUCGGUGAUAUUCUAUCGCAAUUUAUCGGAAUUUUAGCUUCUUCAACAAGUCUCGAAAACUUGCCUGCACAUUUAAGGAGAGCUUGCAUAGUCCAUGCUGGAGCUCUUACCUCCUUGUUCGAAUACAUUCCUAGAAUGAGAAGCUCCGAUAUUGAAGAUUCUUCACAAAUUCUCCAACCGUUGCAGCCUGCAAAAAUGAAAUACACGACUCUGAUUUCUUUAAGUGGACAUUUGUUCGAUCGGUUUCUAAUAAACGAGGCUUUGGAUAUCAUCGAAGCAGCAGGUGGCUCCUUCCAUUUGGUCAAAUGUCAAGUCGGUCAAAGAACAGACGCUACGUCUUACUCAGAACUCGAAAUUGGUGCAGAUGAUAAAUCAAUCCUAGAUAAGAUUAUCGAUUCUCUGACUUCGCUUGCUAAUCCAAGCGAAGACCAAGUCAACAGUAAAGACAACACCAUAUCGCUCAAGGUUAAAAAAUUCGAAGAAACGGAUAUGGAGAACGAAAACGAGGUGAAAAGAGAAGCAUAUGUCUUAAUAUUAGGUGCUGGACGAGUUUGUCGGCCAGCUGUCGAAUUUCUAACAUCGAAAAAAUGUCUGAAUUUGUACGUGACGAAUGAUUCGAAUGAGAAGACUUGUGUUCGUGUUAUUGUUGCUUCUCUUUUCUUGAAAGAUGCAGAAGAGAUUGUUGAAGGAAUUCCGUAUGCAACUGCAGUUCAGCUUGAUAUUACGAAUAAGGAACAUCUCUGUAAUUACAUUUCAAAGGUUGAUGUGGUGAUCAGCUUACUGCCACCUAGUUGCCACAGUAUCAUAGCAAGUGCAUGUAUUCAGUUUAAGAAACAUCUUGUCACGGCUAGCUACGUGGAUGAUUCCAUGUCCAAGCUGGACGAAUCGGCAAAAAGUUCGGGUAUUACAAUUCUUUGUGAGAUGGGAUUGGACCCUGGAAUCGAUCAUAUGAUGGCAAUGAAGAUGAUCGAUGAAGCCCGUAAACGAGGGGGUAAAAUCAAAUCUUUCACUUCGUAUUGUGGCGGUCUUCCGGCUCCAGAUGCUGCAAACAAUACACUGGCUUAUAAAUUCAGUUGGAGUCCAGCUGGCGCUAUACGAGCUGGGCGAAAUCCAGCCGUAUAUAAAUAUAAUGGAGAAAUCGUGCAUGUUGAUGGGGACAAGCUUUAUGAUUCAGCUUCAAAACUUAGGAUACCAUAUUUUCCAGCUUUUGCAUUGGAAUGUCUUCCAAAUCGAGAUUCUUUGGUUUACGGAGACCUUUAUGGAAUUAAAAGUGAAGCAUCGACUAUCUUCCGUGGGACCCUCAGAUACGAAGGUUUUGGAGAAAUAAUGGGCACACUAGCAAGAAUUGGGUUCUUCAAUACCGAAGAAAUCCCAAUUCUAAAAAACGAGACGAGGACAACUUAUAGAACCUUCUUACUAUCACUUCUCGAUUGCAAUAGUACUAACGGCAUUGAAGAACCAAUCAUAACCCAGAAAUGGAUUGCGGAUCGGAUUCUUGGCCUUGGUCUAUGCAAAGACAAAGAAACGUCGCUCAAGACUGCCAAAACUAUUAUAUUUUUGGGAUUCGAAGAGAAGGCAGAAAUCUCAAAAUCGUGCAAAUCUGCAUUCGAUGUUACGUGCCUCCGAAUGGAAGAAAGGCUGGCGUAUUCCGGCACUGAAAAGGACAUGGUGCUUCUACACCACGAGGUGGAAGUGGAAUUUCCGAAUGGCCAACCUAACGAAAACCACAGAGCAACACUAUUGGAAUUCGGAAGGAUCGAUGGAGAGAGACAAUACACCGCAAUGGCUUUAACAGUCGGAAUUCCUGCUGCCAUUGGAGCUCUGCUCUUAAUCGGGGAAAACAUCAAAACGAAGGGUGUUUUAAGGCCUAUACAUCCGGAAAUUUACGAACCAGCACUGGAUAUUCUAGAAGCAUACGGUUUCAAGAUGCUGGAGAAGAUCGAUUAAAGUUGGAGAUUCGAUUCAACAUUUAUUUAUCAUGUUUAAGAAUCGAUAAAAUACUAGACUUGUGAAUAAAUAAACCAGUUUAUAUCAAGAAUAAAUAAAUAAUGUACCUACUCCAAGAAUGCACGCGUUCGUUUAUAUCGA